AAACCCCUGAAGUUGUCUUCGACAUGCGAACGCUCUUGAACGGAGAAAUGCCAGCAAUCUUUAGGGAGCUAAAAGCUGUGUCCAUUCCAGAUGGUACUGCUCAGCCGUGGAUUGCACACUGGGACAGGGAACUUUACUCUGUCGGUCGCCCCAUUGACAUUCGAUGGAAAGAGACGGGUCACUCUCCUGAACCACCUCCACACACUCCUUUACCUUCUACAUCGAAUGUAGAUCCACCCGAGUAG